CAGGCUACAAUGAAGAGUAGUUAGCGUAUUCGGCCGCCUCGUUUUACUUCACUGUAACGUAAAUAGAUGCCCAGGAAAAAAAAAUAUCUCAAAGUGGUGAGUGCGUGAGAUUGACCAGAGUCUUUAAUCAGCCAGCUGACCACAGGAACGUGUGAACAUGUCUCAGGAGGGAUAUCAGUCACCAGCAGUGAAAACCACCGCCGACACCAGUACACACAGCUUGAACACACUUGAAACACAGAUGAGCAGUCCUGGAAAAACUCCUAUACAAAUCCUGCAUGAAUAUGGCACCAAAACUGGCAACCUUCCUGUGUACGUGAUGGAGAGGGCCGAAGGAGAGGCUCACCAGCCCAGCUUCAUCUUCAGUGUGAAAAUCAAAGACGUGAGCUGCACAGGUCAAGGUCCCAGUAAAAAGGCUGCUAAGCAUCAGGCUGCAGAGGCUGCCCUGAAUAUUCUGCAAAUAGACACUGGAACAGUGAAUGUUCCUGUGAAGUCUGAGAGUAACGGUGUUGCAGCAGAAACAAACAACCAUCCCAACUCAGUGGGGAUACUGCAGGAGCUAGCGUUGCAGAGAGGAUGGCGUCUUCCUGAGUACACAGUUUUAAUGGAGGCUGGUCCACCACACAAGAGAGAGUUCACUGUUACUUGUCGAAUGGAGUCCCUGUCAGAGAAGGCUGUAGGAAAUUCGAAAAAGGCAGCAAAAAAGGCAGCAGCAGAGAAAAUGGUGGCAAAGCUUCAAAGUCUGUCAGGCUGUUCUGAAAUCACAUGGAUGCCUAAACCAAGCGUCCGAUUUGAGAACUUAAGGAACUCAUCAGCAGAGAAGAUAUCUUUGCUGAGAAGAAACCCGCUGAGCAUUCCCAACACAGAUUACAUUCAGAUGGCGCUGGAGCUGUCCAAGGAGCAAGGCUUUGAGGUCACAUACUUUGAUAUUGAUGAACUGACGGUGAACGGCCAGUACCAGUGUCUGGCAGAGCUGUCCACCUCCCCGGUCACCGUGUGCCACGGCACAGGCAUUUCCUGUAGCAACGCUCACAACGAUGCAGCACACAGCGCCCUCCAGUACAUCAAGAUCAUGGCCUCCAUCAAGUAAACACCACCACCACAGUCAGGUCACCUCACCCACAUUGUCACACAUAUCAGGCUGUAAAUUCCUCCCACUCAGUCUUCCUGUCCGUGAACAACAUGAGGUCAAGGUAUAUUUUUAUAAUUAUGUAUAUAUGCUCCACAGUAAUUCAGCGUACAUGAAUCAUGCAACUUAUUAGUGAGGAAACAAACUCGGUGUUAAGAAUCAAAUCUAAAUGAAAUUUUAUCAUCAAGUUUUUAGGAAUCCAUGUGGUUUUAAAUAGGACGUCUAACAUAUUUAAGGGAAUACAUAUGUGUAAAUAAAAUAAGAACACAAUGGUGAAUAUUAUGAAGCACCUCCUCAUGACUUUUUUACAUUCGUAGUUUGAACUGUUUUGCUUUAUUUUUCCGUGCUGGAAAAUCUAUUAUAUAUUAAUUUAUUUAUUUUUAUUCCACAUAGUUUUCCUCUCCCCUGAUUUAUUGAACUGUAUGCUGUUGACAGCCAAUAGGAGAUGUUAAUCUUAACAGAUUCCUGCCAGUCUGUUAAUCUUAAAUGAACAAAAGUUGCCUGAAAAUGAAAGGGAAUUGAAGAAGAGAGAUUAUUUUGACUUUUAAAUGUGAAAGAAUGGUCUUUGAUCUACAACAAAAUUGAAUUUAUUUUUUUCCAUCUGUCUAUAUGCAAUCUACACUACAACCCCUGCUGUAGUUAUCCAGUUGACUCUCUAAAUAGAUAUGACGUGUUUCUUUAUUUCUGUCGGCCCAUUUUAUUUUAUUAUUAUAAUUUUUUUUUUGCAGUGUGCCUCAUAGUACUUAGAAGUAAACUCUGUGGUAUAUUUAAGAAAGACAUAUACAGACUGGUGUCCUCUGCUCUAUGAACUGAACCCUGGUGGAGAGUAAUAGCAGCACCAACAACGUGUAACAAUCAAGAAAAUAAACCCAAACACUAACGAUGUUAACAAGUGUUGGUUUCUGUUGAUGGUCAGGCGGUAGACUGUAUUGAGAGAGCAGAUUGAUGCGGUGUCUUCAGGAGCUGUUGCAGUGUUACUGAAUGAAAUGUCUCUUGUGGGAGCUGACCACUCGACAGCCAUCAAUUUAUGAGGCAGCACGUCCUGCUGUAUUAGUACAGAGGCAGUUACGUGAGGGCCUGUGCGCUGAUUCAUUCUCUCUUGAUUUGUGUGGUUUAAUAACUUAGAGACAAGGAAGCUCAUGCCGAUCGCAGAAAAGGAUAGUAAGAAUAUACUCAAACCAAAUCCCUAAUUCUUUGAUUUUAAUUAUUCAAAGAGCUAAGUAGUUGGUUUUGAGACUUGUUUUGUCGUCUUAACAAUAAAUUGUAAUUUUAAUUGCUUUAACUGUCUAUAAAUUCAGUUAUAGUCCUGUAUUAUAUCAAUAUAUCAAUUUAUCAAUCUGAAAUAAUCAGAACAUUCAAAAGUCGUGUUAUAUUAUUAUAAUUAUUAUUCUGGUAAGAAAUGGAAGGAAAUUGUGUGUCUAAUAUGUUUUUUGUAUGAAAAUGCUAAAUUACCUUGAGUUAAAAAAAAUUAAUUUCAAAAGUUUCACUUGAGCAUGUCUUUUACAUAUAAACCACAAAACACACACUCCUCAUCAGCUGAGUUUUACAGUUUUAUUAGAACAAGCACUAUGUAGCAGCAGUGUACAGUGUUCAUGGAAAGAUAUGUACUUUGUUAAAAUUGCACUUUAGAAGGUACCCAUUAGGAAACAGAUAAAGAAAACUGAGCUGACACAGUGCUUUGUGAUACAUGUCAGUCCAAAACAAAAACAAAAAAAUUAGGUUCCAAUCGAGAAAACAAGAACCGAUUUUUUUAAUUUUAAUUCUUUUUAUAAGGCAUCUGCAACAUUCAUUGGCAGGCUAAGUUGUCUAGACAUGCAGGUAGAACAAUGGACGAAGAAAGCAUGAGAAGGUUUCAUGAUUUUUAUUUAUUUUUUCACUACAGUCUGACUCUAUGAUACCAAACACUAUGCAAAGCAUUGCCCCUAUCUCCACUCAAAACUGCUGGGAUUCAGUCUUGUUUAAAAAAAAAAAAAAAAAAAAAAAAAAAUCACUGAUGUAGGAGGAAAAAGGAA